AUGUCAUCGGAAACGCCUUUAGACCUACUGAAACUUAAUCUAGAUGAAAGAGUUUACGUGAAGCUACGUGGAGCUCGUGAAUUGACGGGAACACUCCAAGCGUUUGACUCACACUGUAACAUUGUUCUAUCAGAUGCUACGGAAACAAUCUACGAACUGGUGGAUGGCGAGUUGAAGUCAAGAACAAAAGACUCUGAAAUGAUUUUUGUCAGAGGCGACACAGUGACACUUGUCACCACCCCUGCUGAGUAG